CACCGGCGGUGCCCAAAAGCCAAAGAGCUGCAGAUCCGGGCCUGGAUCGCUUGGCCAGCAGCCAGUCGCAUUUCCGCAAACCUGCCGAGUGGGCCGUUGCUUUUGGGCCUCCCCACGAUGUAAGCAUAAUUAAAUAAAUGUUCCUGAGCAAACACAACGACUCGACUGCAUGGACCAGCACUGGCCAUCCAUUCUUAUUAUUGUUAUCAUCUCCAGUCCUUCCCUUUCUCUUCUCUCGUCAUUGCUGCUUCUUCAUCCGACUGCAAUCACCAACUUCUUCGUCUAUCCUUUUGGUGCUUCUUUUUUUAGCUACACUCUUUUCUGACUUUGUUUCAAGCCACUCUUUCCGUGCACCGCCUUGUCUGACCCUCCCUUUUUCGUUGGCUGUCAGCUUACGAACCGUCUAUAAUUGACCCGUCUCAAGCAAGCACUGUCCUCCUGUUCGUGCCAUUGAGUGUUUCCUGAAGCCAUCUUCAGUUCUUGCGACCCACUGGUGGUGCCAUUGCCAUUC